AUGAAGAUUUACAAGGACAUCCUCACCGGUGACGAGCUCAUCUCCGACUCGUACGACCUCAAGGAGAUCGGCGGUGUCGUCUUCGAGGCCGACUGCGCCAUGAUCGAGCUCGGCGCCGUCAGCGUCAACACUGGUGCCAACGCUUCCGCUGAGGAGGCCGAGGAGGCUCUCGAUGACGACGUUGUGAAGGUCAACAACAUUGUCAACUCUUUCCGCCUCCAGUCCACCUCCUUCGACAAGAAGGGCUACCUGUCCUACCUCAAGGGCUACAUGAAGGCCGUCAAGGCCCACCUCCAGGAGACUGGUGCCUCUGCUGAGGAGAUCACCAAGUUUGAGAAGGGCGCCCAGACCUACGUCAAGGAGACCCUCCUCCCCAACUUCAAGGACUGGGAGUUCUACACUGGCGAGUCCAUGAACCCCGACGGAGCCAUCGUCCUGAUGAACUACCGCGAGGACGGCGUCACCCCCUACAUUGUCGUCUUCAAGCACGGCCUCAAGGAGGAGAAGGUGUAA